AUGACCUCUAAGGGAACUAUGUAUUCGAAGCGAAUAGCACUACUGGCAAGUAGAAUUUUCGGCGAUACCUCAUCAGUUUACCCUCCUCCAAAAGUUGUUCGAUUGAUGAGUGAACUGCCGGAGCCAAUAAAAAUCCGUGAUUGGUACCCCCCUCUUGAGGAGUAUUCUGCGAUUCUUGCCCGGUUGCGUCAGAUUGGUCUAUUCCGAGAUGAACACGCGGACUUCAGAGAUGAAAUGGAUCGUCUACGAGCCCUUAGAGGUAAAAAGAAGUGGGUCAAAGGCAAGAGGGUUGAUUACUUUUCUGAUGAAUCUCAAAAAAACGUGUAA